UGUGGUUCAUUUGUGCAUUUCUAUAUAUAGAUGGACAGUCGGUAGCUGAUAGCUUGUGACAGCUGAGGAACUGAGGCCACACCAAAUCAUCACGUCCUCGGCCAUUUCUCUUUUAGAGUAACGGUGUUAAUACAGUCAGUUCAGUUCUGCACUGGGAGAGGAUCAGGACAGCCCUCCCUCCUACUGAAAUAUCACAUCAAACCAUAACAAGAUGGCCUCCUUGUCAGUGGACCCAGUGACGGAGCCACGGAUGUACCAGCAAACGCUCCUACAAGAUGGGCUCUGCGAUCUCCUGGACGCUAACAAGUUUGUGGACUGUGUUCUGAAGAUCAAAGACAAAGAGUUUCCUUGUCAUCGGCUAGUGCUAGCCGCUAGCAGCCCUUACUUCAAAGCCAUGUUCCUUUCGGACCUGGAAGAGAGCAAAAAGCGGGAGAUUGUUCUAAAAGACAUCGAACCUGGGGUCAUGGGUAUGAUCCUGAGGUACAUAUACACCUCGGAUAUCAACCUGACUGAGCAUAACGUCCAAGACAUUUUCAUGGCGGCCAACAUGUACCAGAUUCCAUCAAUCUUCAGCGUGUGUGUGUCAUAUCUGCAGCAGAAGCUGGUUCUCAGUAACUGUUUGGCCAUCUUUAGAUUGGGACUGUUGCUGGACUGUCCUCGUUUGGCUAUGGAGGCGCGGGACUUCAUCUGUGACCGGUAUGCCCUCAUCACUCGGGACCAGGACAUCCAUCAGUUGGGUCCCGGCGAGUUGGCAGCCAUCAUCACAUGUGAUUCCCUAAAUGUGGAACGAGAAGAGUUGGUGUUUGAAUCUCUCAUGGAGUGGGUGGAGUAUGACACGAAUGAGAGACUGAAGGACCUGCCACAACUUCUACACUGCAUACGUUUCCGUCUUAUGCCGACGAGUUACUUUAAAGAGAAAGUCGAGGGGCACCGAUUGAUCAGGACGAAUCAGGAGCUCAAGAAGGAGCUUCAGAUUGUCAAGGAUGCACAGAAAGGAAUGCUACAUAGGGUCAAAAGGGUCAAGAAGGAAGGCGAGACAGCAGAUCCGGAGGACGAGGAUGAGGAAGGUUUGCUGCCGGGGAUCCUAAAUGACAAUCCACGUUUUGGAAUGUUUCAAACGGACCUUAUAUUGAUGAUUAGCGAUACAGGAACGGUAGCGUAUGAUGUUGGCGCAAACGAGUGCUAUUUGGCGUCUUCAUCCACUGAGAUCCCUAAAAACCACUGCAGUCUUGUCACAAAGGAAAAUCAGAUCUUUGUUGCUGGAGGUCUGAUGUACAAUGAGGAGAACAAAGAACAGCAGUUCAGCUCCUACUUUCUUCAGUUUGAUUCCAUGAGCUCUGAAUGGUUGGGGAUGCCCUCACUACCAGACCCCCGCUGUCUGUUUGGUCUGGCUGAGGCAGAAAACUCCAUCUAUGUGGUGGGAGGAAAAGAGUUGAAGGAGGGAGAACGUGCACUAGAUUCUGUUAUGGUCUAUGACAGACAGUCAUUCAAAUGGGGAGAGUCAGACCCUCUUCCGUACGCAGUUUAUGGUCAUGGAAUUGUUUCACACAAAGGACUGGUCUAUGUGAUAGGUGGAAAAACUGAGAGCAAGAAAUGCCUGAGGAGAGUGUGUGUCUAUGACCCCUCUAAAUUUGAAUGGAAGGAUAUGGCACCCAUGAAAACCGCCCGCUCACUGUUCGGCACAGCUGUUCACAAAAACAAAAUCUAUGUGGUGACCGGAGUCACUGAUGAUGGCCUGACUAACAGUGUGGAGGUCUAUGACAUCGCCAGCAACACCUGGUCAGAUUUCGUGGAGUUUCCUCAGGAGAGAAGCUCUCUUAACCUGAUUGAACUGGGCGGCUGCCUGUACGCUGUGGGGGGUUUUGCUAUGAUGCCCAAUGAGACCACAGACAAACUGGAGCCCACUGAAAUGAAUGACAUAUGGAAGUUUGAGGAGGAGGAGAACUGUUGGAAUGGGAUCCUGAGAGAGAUCCGUUAUGCAGCAGGGGCCACUGUGCUUGGAGUUCGUCUGAACACCUUGAGACUCACCAAGAUGUGAUCUACUGUCAUCUGUUGACAAAAUACAGAGUAAACAAUGUUGCCCACAUCUUCAUACAUAGGAAAUAAGCGCAAUACAUAUUCCAUUGAAUCAAAAAUAAAGUCACAGACUUAGCUUGCUUAAUGUUGAUACAUUAGUUAUAGAUCUUAAAGGGGUGGUUCAUUGCGAUUUCAUCUUUUUAAUGUUAGUUAGUUUGUAAUGUUGCUGUUUGAGCAUAAACAAAAUCAGCAAAGUUAUGAAGCUGAAAGUUCAAUGCAAAUGGAAAUAUUAUGUCUUUAAAAAUUCUGUUGUUCUUAGAAGUGGUUCUUAAUACUGUUCCUCGCAUCGCUCUGCAUCUCUCUCUCUCUCAUUCAGCUUAAUUCCAACAAUAAACUCUUCCAAUUAUACACUUAAUUUCACAUAGCUAUGAGAAGCAUUAAACAUGGAUGCGCGUGCAGUUGCCAUACUGUGUUAAAGCUUUAAUUAGGAUAAAACCUUAUAUUAAAGAAUAACAUAAGCAGUAGCAUUUAUAAAUAACAGUGUAUCUAAAAGUAUGAGACAACAACAAACAACAAAACAUAAGCAGACCAUUAAAAGUCGUGCUUGCACAGGGUCUGCACGGUCCUCCUCAAUAAUAUCCUUUGCUUUUCAAUUGGGCUCAAACUGAUAAGUGAUAUUAACAAUGCUGUUAUUAUACAACAAGAGCACAUGUGUUGAGGUGAGGGGCAAUUUAGCCAAUCACAGCACACUGGGCUAGCUAACCAAUCAGAGCCCAUCGCCUAUUUCUGAGGGAGGGGCUUCAUAACAGCAGGAAAUGAUCAGCACGUUUCUCAAGCAAGGGACAGAGUGGUGUGGAAUGUAGGUAAAUUAUGUGAAAAAUAAUGCGUUUUUUAAAAAAAACGAAGCAUUAACAUGUUAGACUGGACCCCAUAAACACAAUCAAGCCUAGAAAGAAAAAAAAAAACAGUGAACCACCCCUUUAAGGUUUGUAAUGGAGCGGUGUUUGAUACUGCUAUUCCAAGAAAACUCUGCAGAUGGAGACAAACACAAGACCAUCUAUUUUUUCAUAAGAAUGCAUAGUCAUUUCAUAGUCAUUUAGGAUAAUUAGAUUAGGGAAUUUGACUUAUUUAAAUAUCCAUGUACACUGAUUGCUAUCAUUCUGUUAUGUUAUUUUACAUGACUACUACAACUGAACAUUUUGCAAUUAUGACCAAGUACUGCAGUAUGUUCUGACAUUAUAAGAAAAAGAGAAAUAAAUGGCAGUGACUGAACAAUAACCUAAUAUACUCUAGACAAUGACCAAAAUAAAAUGAAAACACAAUUGUCUGUGGUAAAUGUCAACACAAAUAUUGUCAUGCACCCUCCAAAGCCACAUGAAAAUAAAAAAGUAAAGGUGAAAGAAUA